UGGCGCUUCGACGCCGAGAACGACGCCCGCAACUUCGGCCUUAGCGACGCCCAAUGCGAUGCCGCUUUCCCCGACCUGUACCAGGAGCUCGAGCGCGCGUCGCAGUGGUAUGCCGACAAGAAGAUCCGCGAGGAGGACGUCCAUAUCUGGACGGCCGACAAGGACAUGGGCGACGGCCACCACCACGGCCAGAUCCACGCCAUGAUCCACGGCGGUGAGUUGAUCAUCAUCGAGGAACGCGCCGGGUCGGCCGACCGUUCGCGCGCCCUUUCGGCCAUGGCGUCCAUGUACCGCGCCAUCAACGCCAUCUCCAACCCCGCCGACAUCCCGGACAUUGAGUUUGUCUUCGACAUCCAGGACAUUAGCGGCGACCGCAAGUACGAGGACCGCGUGCGCUGGGCGUGGUGCCGCCACAAGAGCGUCCCGGACGUGUGGGUCAUGCCCGACUUUGACGGCUGGUCGUACUCGGACGACGCUGUUGGAUCGUACGUCUCUUUCCGCGAGAACGUCGCGCAGCUCGAGCAGCCGUUUGAGGAGAAGAUCCCGCAGCUCGUGUGGCGCGGCAGCACCGGCGUUAACCACGACCUGCGCAUGAGCCUGGUCAAUGCCGCCGAGAACCAGACCUGGGGCGACGUCAAGCAGAUUAACUGGAUGACGCGCGAAAACGUGAUUCCGAUGCAGGACUUUUGCAAGUACCAGUACCUUGCCCACACCGAAGGCAACUCCUGGAGCGGCCGCCUCCGCUACUUGCAGAACUGCCUCAGCGUGUCCGUGAUCCACGAGCUCGACUACGUGGCGCACUACUACCCGCUGCUGAAGGCCGACGGUCCGGAACAGAACUACGUCGCCGUAAAGCGCGAUUUCUCCGACCUGGCCGAGAAGAUGGACCACCUGACGGCCAACACGGCCGCCGCGCGCCGCAUCGCCGAGGAAUCCGCCCGCACGUUCCGCGACCGCUACCUGACGCCCGCGGCCGAGGCGUGCUACUGGCGGCGCAUGUUCAAGCUGUACGCAGCCGCGCAAGACUUCUCGCCGCGGCUGUACGAGGAC